AUGAAUCGAGAAAAUUGGGUUGAAAUAAAAAGAGGAGCCGAAGCAUCUAUUUGGAAGAUGCAACUUUUUGGAAAGAAUUGCGUUGCUAAAGUUCUUGAACCAAAAACAUGGCGCGCAGCACCACUUGAUAAAAUGUUACGAUCAGAUCGAAUUAAAAGCGAAGCAAGAACUAAUUUUAGAUGCAUGCAGCUUGGUGUUCCAACAUGCCCAAUAGUUUAUAUUGAUCCUGAAACCUCUACUUUGAUUAUGGAAGAAUUAAAUGGUGGAAGUUUGAAGCAAAUGAUUUUCAAUUGCACAGAUCAUAAUGAUCCUAAAGUUAUUCAAGCUCUCAAAGAAAUGGGACAAAUUAUUGCAACUUUACACAAUAAUGAAAUUUUACAUGGAGAUUUAACAACAUCAAACUUCAUGUUACAUGAUGGAAAAGUUAGAGUUAUAGAUUUUGGACUCUCUUUCCAAAGCGGACUUCCAGAAGAUUUUGCUGUUGAUUUAUACGUCAUGGAAAGGGCAUUUAACUCUUCUCAUCCGGACAAAACUGAUUUGCUUAAAAUAAUUUUCGAUUCUUAUACAGAACAUUGCAAGAAAGCCCCUGUAAUCUUGAAACGUCUGAAGAAGGUUCGUUCUCGAGGACGUAAGCGAUCAAUGGUUGGAUAA